AUGUGUUCCAAUGGAGUGUACCAAUUAAAAAGAAUCCUCCUGAGGUACAGUGAAACGGGCCAUAGCAGCAGGAAUGUUAGAUUUUUUUUAAGAUUCAUUUUACCAGAUUAUAGGGAUGAAAACAAACACCUAAAUUUUGAAAUACAGCAUGAACAGUAUGAAGAACCGAAGGCUACAUUUGAAUAUAUAAAUAAUAGCAGGUAUGAAGUAUCCUUGAAAGACGUAAAAUCCAAACAUAUUGUUGAUGUCAUUAAUUUAUAUAAGGACAGUGCGGGGAAUUCGGAUUAUUUGAAGCAUGGGGGGCCUAAGGUGUAUUCGAACAAGAGGAGCAUCCAGGGAUUAUGGUGCCCAAGCAUAUACAGUGAACUGAAUGCCAUCGCUUAUUUAAAAAAGAAAAAAAAAAAUAACAUUAAGCUUCCAAAAUAUACGAGAGAAAGUCUAAACUUGAAUCACGAGGUGAUCAAGGGCAACGGAAGAUGGGGCAAUGAAAAUUUAUUUCCAAAAGGUUUCGAUCAAAGAUAUUUAAAGAACAUUUUUUGCUACCCAUUCGAGAACAAUGCACUAAAGACGAGCGAACAGGGUGAAGGGGGAAAUACAACCGAAGCGCAUAUGAAUUCUUUUUACAAAUUUUACAAGAAUUAG